AUGGCUCAGCAAACCGCCGUUGGCGUCCCGGACCGCGUGGUGCCGAUGCGAGUCAUCGUCUGCGGUGUCCACCGCACGGGAACCAUGAGCAUGCGGUCGGCGCUAUGGCAGCUGGGCUUCCACGACUGCUACCAUAUGCACACGGUGCUGCAGAAUCUCGACAGCCACCCGGAGCAGUGGAUCCGGGCCUACGAGGCCAAGUACGCAGGCAAGGGGAGCUUUGGCAAGGCCGACUGGGACCAUUUGCUCGGGCACUGCCAGGCGUGCUGCGACAUGCCGUCGGCCGUCUUCAGUGCCGAGCUGGCCGAGCUAUACCCGGAUGCCAAGGUCGUCAUCCUCAACCGCGACCCGGAGCUGUGGGAGCGGGCGGCGCGGCUGUACUGCUACGCCCUGGACGGGCAAAUCCGCAGCUGGGUGCGCUUCACAAACGUCAUGGUAAAGCUUGGCAUGCCCUUUGACCACGUCGAGGAAAAGGACAAGGCCAUUGCGUGGUUCAAGGGGCAGUACCAGGAGUUCCGCGACCGCAUCCCCGCCGAGAGGUGCCUCGAGUUCCGUGUGCAAGACGGGUGGAAGCCGCUGUGCGAGCACCUCGGGGUGCCGGUGCCCAUGGUCGAGGACGAGGCGACGGGCAAGCCGGUCGAAGCGCCUUUUCCGCGCAUCAACGACCGCGAGACGUUUGCCGUCAACUCGCGGCGGAACCUCCAACAGUCGACCAAGCGGGCGCACAAGAACCUCGUUACCAUGCUGGGCGAGCUGGUGAUGAUGGGGAUGCUGGGAUACGGAGGCUGGCUGGCGUGGGCGAGGCUUGGAUUUGCUCAACCUCGACUGAUGCGAAAUGUCCCCAUUCACCAGCGCCCCGUGGAGGCAAAGUCUGACGAUCCGCCCUCACACGCCCAUGGACCCGAAGCGGCGCCGUUUGUCAUGACGAGUCGCACGUCCCGCAUCUCCGCCAGCGUCGCCGACGCCGUCACGGCACCGGACCAGCAUGUCGAGACCAAGGGCGUCCUCGACGGCGCCGUCAAAGCCUUCGUCUCCUUCUUCUGCCUCUUCAGGCUUAGCAUGACGCGCUACCGCUCAUCCGACUUUCUCCAGCUGCGCCGCGACAUCUGGGAGCUCGACGACGACGAGUACAGGGACUCGUUUCGCUUGUCCUCCUCCCCCGAUGCAUCGACGCAGCGCGUGCCCGCCGGAGACCUCGGAUACAGCGGCUCGACCUUCUUCACCACGCCCAACGACAUGUACCUCGUCAAGUCGCUCCCCCGCCGCUUCGAGCAUCAGUUCUUCGCCCACGACCUCUUCGACGUAUACACGGCGCACAUGAGGCGCUGCCCGGACAGCCUGCUCGUCCGCAUCGUCGACAUGGUUUAUACCCCACGCGCCACCCUGGGCGGAUUGCUAGGCACCGCGCCCACGCACCACGUCGUCAUGGAAAACCUACUCUAUCGCGGCCUGCCCGACGGCCAAGAUGGCGACGGGCGCUGGCAGUAUGCCAGCGUGGAAACAUACGACCUUAAACCUAACGACUACUUCUUCCCCGAGCGAGACAUUGCCGAGGGCAGGCUGGCGCCCGACAGCGUCAAAGACCGGCUAGUCGACACGUUCCCCGGCAAGGUGCGGGUCUCGGCUGAGGCCAGGGCUGAACUGCUGUCCCUCCUCGACGCCGACACGGCGCUGCUCGCCGCCGCGAGCGCCGUUGAUUACUCCCUCUUCCUCGUGCGCUUCGCCCGAAUGGACCCGGGCUCCAGCGUCGUGUCGCCCUUUGCCGACAACGUCGGCGGCUCAUGGCGCAGAGGGUUCCACUCCACCGACGGCCGCUGGACCUAUCGAGCCGUUGUCCUUGACUUCUUUUGGGCCAAAAAGAAGCUGCGCGCCAAGGCCAUGACGGGCCUGAUCAAUGUGUUUAACCUUCUGGCCAACAAGGGGCCCAUGAGUAUCACGGCCCACCCAGCCGAGUACCGGACGCGCUUCAUGGGCAUGGUGGAUAAGCUCGUCGUGGCCACUGGCGACGACGACACCGAAGACGGGGACGAGGCCGAGGCCGACGAAGCGGGACUGUAA